AAUGAUGCAGAUAUUCAUAUUACUUAUGGCUCUUUUAACAAGGGCACAAGAGCCGUUUUGCAGAUCUCUAAGUAAAUCAGUUUUGCCAGUUUUUUCAAAUGAUGGGGAUAUUAUAAUUGGAGGUAUCUUCUCAUUUCACAAUAACGUUAUAGGCUUAAAACCUGCUUUCACAUCAAAACCAGAACCUCUGAAAUGCAAGGACUUAAACUUGAUGGAAUUCCAGUUUGCUCAGACUAUGAUUUUUGCUAUUGAGGAAAUAAACAAUAACACAGCACUACUACCAGACCUUUCUCUCGGUUAUAAGAUUUAUGGUGACUGCAGUUCUGUAAACCUGGCUAUGGCAGCAGCAAUGGCAUUGGUAAAUGAUGAAAAUGAAGAAAUAGUGUCGGGUAGUAAUUGUAAAAAAUCAUCUACCAUCUACGCUUUAAUAGGACUUUCUGAAUCACCACUCAGCAUUUCUGUAGCAACAUUUCUUUCUCCAUUUCGUAUACCAAUGGUAAGUAAUUAUGUCUUAUUGUUUAAUCUGCAGCCUGCUGACACAGUGAGCUAUUUUGCUACAUGUGCUUGUCUUAGCAAUAGAAAUGAAUAUCCAACGUUUUUCAGAACAAUACCCAGUGAUUACCAUCAAAGUAAAGCCUUAGCAAAACUUGUGAAACAAUUUGGGUGGACUUGGAUUGGUGUUAUACAAAGUGACAAUGAUUAUGGAAUAUAUGGAACGGCUACAUUCAUUGAAGCUGUUCAGAUGGAAGGAGUUUGCAUUGAAUAUACUGCUGCCAUCUCAAGAUACAAUCCGCUUGAACAAUACCAUGAAACUGUAAAUAUUAUCAAACAGUCAACUGCUAAGGUUAUUGUUGCUUUCACAUCUUUUGUAGACUUGGAGAUUUUAAUUCAGGAAAUUGCACUUCAGAAUAUUACCGGUUUACAAUGGAUAGGUUGUGAAGCCUGGAUUUCAAAUGCUAAACUCACAGCUAAUGAAAUGUAUAGAAUUCUUGAUGGAGCCCUUGGAUUUGCAAUAACUAAUGCAGUCAUACCUGGUCUGAAAGAAUUUUUGAGUAACAUUCAUCCAUCUGACACACCUGCUAAUUCUGUCAUGGAUGAGUUUUGGGAGAAUAUUUUUAACUGCACCUUCACUUCCCAAAAUGCCACUGACACAAACAAACUAUGUGAAGCAGCAAAGCAAUUGAGUGAUAUAAAUAACCAAUACACAGAUGUGUCAGACUUGCGAAUUGCUAAAAAUAUUUAUAAAGGAAUGUAUGCAAUAGCUCAUGCACUACAUGAUAUGUCAAUUUGUCCUACUGCUGAACGGACGCAAAAUGAGUGUAUAGAUAUUUGGAAAACAAGACCAUGGCAGGUACUUGAUUCCCUAAAAAAAGUCAACUUUACAAUGAUGCAAGGAGAAAGUAUAUUUUUUGAUGGGAAUGGUGAUAUAGUGGCCCACUAUGAGUUGUUAAACUGGCAAAUCAACCAAGAAGGAGUAAUCCAGUUGGUACCAGUGGGUAUCUAUGAUGCAUCACUACCAGAAGGACAACAAUUGAAAAUACAUAAUAACAGUAUUAUCUGGGGAGGAUCUCAAAAAAAGGUGCCUCGAUCAGUCUGUAGCAAGAGCUGCACUCCAGGAACUUUUAAGGCAGCUCAAAAAGGAAGGCCUUCUUGCUGCUAUGACUGCAUCCUCUGUGCAGAUGGAGAAAUCAGCAAUACAACAGAUUCCAUUGAAUGUUUAAAGUGUCCUGAGGAAUAUAGGUCCAAUGAGGAAAGAGAUAAGUGCAUCUUAAAGGAUGUGGAAUUUCUGACAUUUGGUGAAAUCAUGGGAGUAAUACUGACAGUGUUUACACUGCUUGGAGCCUGCUUGACUGUGUCUGUAGCAUUUGUUUUCUUCUGCCAUAGAAAAACUCCUAUUGUGAGAGCCAAUAACUCUGAAUUAAGCUUUCUCCUUUUAUUUUCUUUAACAUUGUGCUUUCUUUGCUCCCUCACGUUCAUUGGCCAGCCCUCAGAUUGGUCUUGCAUGUUUCGCCAUACAGUCUUUGGGAUUACAUUUGUUAUGUGCAUAUCUUGCAUCUUAGCAAAAACUAUAGUUGUUUUAAUUGCAUUCAAUGCCACACGGCCCGGGGCUAAUGUCAUGAAAUGGUUUGGGCCAUCUCAACAGAGGUUAAGUGUUUUUAUCUUAACAUUUAUUCAGGCCUUCCUUUGCAUGGUCUGGUUAACAAUUUCACCUCCAUUUUUUUCCUUAAACAUAAACUCAUAUAAGCACAAAAUCAUUUUUGAGUGUGAUCUCGGGUCAACAGUAGCCUUUUACAUCAUGUUGGGGUAUAUAGGGGUUCUCUCUGCUUUGUGCUUUGUGCUGUCCUUUUUAGCUCGAAAAUUACCAGAUAAUUUUAAUGAAGCAAAGUUCAUCACCUUCAGUAUGAUCAUCUUCUGUGCAGUUUGGCUGACUUUUAUACCAGCUUAUAUCAGCUCUCCUGGAAAAUACACUGUGGCUGUCGAGAUAUUUGCAAUCUUAGCUUCAAGUUUUGCUUUGCUUUUCUGCAUUUUUUCACCCAAAUGUUAUAUAAUACUAUUAAAGCCAGAACAAAAUACAAAGAAAUCUGUAAUAGGCAAAAAAUGAUGGAGAUCAGUCACCAAAUGAAAUGCAAAAGUAUUUAACAAUAAACAUAUAUGUUUAUAAACACUUUCUUUUAAUGUUGAAUCAUACUGUGCAUUUAAGAAAUACAAACA